UAUUUUUUAAGGCGAAUAUGGAAGAACCUGCUAGACAGAUCCCAGAGGAACCGAUAGAGCAAGACCAAGAUGAGGGUGUUGUAAGGAGAAGAAGGAGGAUGGUCCAGAUCGCUGCUCCUGAUCUUAUUAACAGGAAUAUUGAGUACCUAGAGGGAGGUAUUUUGAGGAUUAUCAAUAGAAUCUUUCCAAUGCCGGUAGAUGGGGUUGGUGAACGAGAAGCUUACUCCAGGUUUACCUCUUCAGAACUUGCAUCUUAUAUGAUUAACUUGUUAAAAGAGCGAAUUAUAGUGUUGAGACUUAUCUUGACCAUAUUUGUUAUUGUGUUUACAAACUUGACUAAUGUUAUUUUCUUUUUACCCAAUAAAAAUUCAAAGUGGGAUCAAUUACUAAAGACAAUGAUUUACCUUACACCUGUCUGGCAGUUGAUAUGGUUCAUUCUUUUACUAAUGGGGAAGAAUUACUCAAAAGUUUACAUAACCAUUAAGCUCAUUUGUAUCUCAUUGAUAUGCAUGACGUCCGUGGUUGCUUACCUUGGAGUGAAUGUGCACCCUUCCCUGUUUCAAGCAUGCGACUCAAGGCUUAUAUUUAUAGUCUGAGUAAUAAAUAUCUUGUCAAUUAUGCUCUGAUCCUUCUUUGUUUUGUUCAGCAUUGUGCUGAUAAUUAUUGCUAGUGUCAUUUCAUUAAUAUUUGCUAUUGCUUUUUUGCCAUUCAUGUUGAUAUAUCUUUUAAGUUAUAAUACUUGCAAAGAAGGGGUGAAUCAGGCCUAUAAGAUCUAUAACAUUAAUAGAAUGAGGUCUCUAUAUCACUCCCAGCAAUACGCCAAUGGACCCAUCCAGGAAAAUGGGGAAGGAUGAGGAACUUGAGUCAUUUGUUUUCUUGAAUUUAAAGAAGAUGUAGACUAUGUGCUCAAUUUCGAUUGAAAGCAUGUCUUUCACCAACAAUGUGUAGAGAAAUGGAUGAACAUGAACAAGAAUUCAUGCCCUCUUUGUAGAAAUAAGAUAUUUUAAUGACAAAAUUCUUUGAAUUAAGCUUUAAAAUCUUUUGGGUUUUCACCCAUGUUUGAAAUAUUGGCUCUGAUAUUGUAAAACAGAUUAGUAAAUUAUC